AGCGGGCGCGGGGACUGGAUUACGUGCGGUGGUUGUAUAAAAACGAAAAACAAGAAGAAGCUCAGAGUUAGGCCAAACAAUGUGAAGAACAAAUCGAGUAAUUCAAAAUGUUAUUGAAAAAAUAUGUGAAAACGCGUCGAAAGGUGAAGAUUCUGUUGCUGGUGACGAUUGUGGCGCUCAUUGUGAUCACCUGCAUCAUUUUGCUGGGCAGUUCGGGGCCACAUGGCUCAACCAUUGAGCGUUUGCUGGACGAACGUUUCAUUGCGCGCGCCUAUCAGCCGCAGUCGGAGCAGCUGCAGCAGCCCAGAGAGCAGGCUGUGGCCCUGCUGCAGCCCCAUCGGGAGAAUGGCGUCAUUGUGCCGGAGAAGUAUGACGAGCAUAAGAUCAAGGAGCGCAUCAUGCAGAAUCGCCUGCAGCAGGCGAAGCAGCAGCAGCAGCGGGACAAUGAGGCGGAGCAGACGCUCACCACAGUGGAUGCUCUGACCACGGCUGUGCACAUUUUCUAUACGGCUCCGGUUCCGUGGUACAAGUCCAAGAAACCGCCACUGCCGCAGCCAGAGCAUCCCAAUGAGGUGGCUCUGCCACUGACCACCCCAAAGCCCGUUAAGAUCCUGAACACCGCCUUCUAUCCAGCUUUGGGCCUGUAUAAGCCGAGUGCCAAGCUGCUGGGUCAGCAUUUCGAGAACAUACGCAGCUGUGGCAUUGGCGUGAUCAUACUCAGCUUUGUGCGGCCCUCGGAUCCGGCGCUUCUGCAUCAAAUCCUCGAGCUGGCCCCACAGCAUAAUCUCAGCGUCACCUUUGAACUGAGCGUGGCCGGCAAUCGUACGCUGGAGUUUGUGCGCCAGCAGCUGCAAGAGAUUGCGGCAUAUGUGGAUCUCCCAGGCUUCUAUCGCGUGUAUAGUCAAUCCCGUGCAGCGCUGUUGCCCGUAUUGUAUGUGAGCAAUGCGUAUAAACUAAGCGAGAGCCUGGGUCGUCAGCUGUGCCGGCCCACAGCCCAGGAGCUGGCCGAGCAGCUGAAUGUGCCCAAAAACGUCGGCGGAUUACGUCGCGUGCUGGAUGCACUGUUCAUUGGGCACAUAAGGCUUAAGAGUCAUGCGGAUGUGCUGCGUCGCUUGUGCUUCGAUGGUUUCUACAGCAAAUUGCCAAGCAAUGGCGCCGUCUUUGCCAGCACCUGGAAGAACUGGUCAUAUCUCAAGUCCUAUGCGCUGUCCUACAAAAUGUUGUUUGUGCCAACCGUGGGACCGGGCUUUGCGGAGCGCAAUAAAUUUCCGCGACACGGUGAUAUACAACGGCACAGGAGCAACGGGCGGUAUUAUGGAGUUGCCUGGCGCACAGCAAUAUUGAACCAUGUGGGAUUCAUAAAUAUAGCCAGCUACAACAAUUGGCCCGAUGGCAGCCAAAUUGAGGAGGUGGUGCCACGUGCCGGCUUCCUUGAUUACAAUCCCGGUUCGCGUACCAAGUAUCUGGAUCUGACGGCCCACUGGGUGGGUAACUUCCUGAAGACGCGCCAGGAGGCGGCGUCGGCGGCAGCGGGUGCGGUGCUGAACUGUUAUGAGCUGCUCAAUAACACGAUUUGUUAAGCCAGACGGUUUAUGCGUGCGCAAUUCGUGAUCGAACUCAGGUCGCGAACAAACUCAUAUCGUCGAUUCAAUGUGUUGCCUUACCCCGUGGAGCGGCCUCCUCCAUUCGGUGUGCGUUUACUUUAAAUGCAAUCAAUUGCAAUUGCCACUCAAUUACUUUCUUAACUGUUAACAAGUCUUCUACUACUUAUAUAUGCCUAUAUAGCAACCAGAACAAUUAUCUAUAUAUCUGCCAAAAACAUAAAGCUCUAUUUAAAGUGCAAGCAUAUGUAUAUUAUAUAUAUUUAGGUAACGAUUAACUAGGGCCUGGUCGUAUAAAGCAGCGCCAAAUUAUUUUAAAUUUUUUCUAGACUUCGAUUAGUACUACUAACAACAUCAAUAACUACAAAAACUAAAACAAUAUCAUCAGCCAUGCCAUAU